CCUAUUCCCCAAUUCUUACCUCCUCUUCUGAGGCGGCACCCCGGGUCAAGUCAUGCCCUCCAACCCUACGUUGGAGUCAUGCCCAAGGCUUGGCCCCCUAGCUCACCUCCACCCUGCUGUCGCACCCCAUCUCUGCCAGCAACAAGGGGGAAUCAAGUAGGCAGGGUGCCAGCAACCAGAGGGAAGGGGUGGUGUCGCCGCUCUGCAGGGUGGGGCAUCCCCCUCCGCACACAGCCCAUCUGUAGUCAGGCCAGUGGGAGGAGCUGUCAUGCCCCCCCCACACCCCUGAGACCGCAGGGCUAUAAAGCUGCCCCGCAUCAGUCUGCGGCUCCUUCCCGCCCGGCCUAGCUCUGCCAAGCGCUGAAUGCCAUCUUCCGCCACCAUGAGCCAUCACUCGUCGGGCCUCCGGUCCAACAUCAGCUCCACCUCGUACCGCCGGACCUUCGGGCCACCGCCCUCACUGUCUCCCGGGGCUUACUCCUAUUCAUCUAGCUCUCGCUUCUCCAGCAGCCGCCUGCUGGGCUCGGCGUCCCCGAGCUCCUCGGCAAGGCUGGGCAGCUUCCGUGCCCCUCGGGCGGGGGCUCUGCGCUUGCCCUCGGAGCGCCUCGACUUCUCCAUGGCGGAGGCCCUCAACCAGGAGUUCCUGGCAACACGGAGCAACGAGAAGCAAGAACUCCAGGAGCUCAACGAUCGCUUCGCCAACUUCAUCGAGAAGGUGCGCUUCCUGGAGCAGCAGAACGCAGCCCUGCGCGGGGAGCUGAGCCAGGUCCGGGGCCAGGAACCGGCGCGCGCCGACCAGCUGUGCCAGCAGGAGCUGCGGGAUCUGCGGCGCGAACUGGAGCUGCUGGGCCGGGAGCGCGACCGGGUGCAGGUGGAGCGCGACGCGCUGGCGGAGGACCUGGCGGCGCUCAAGCAGAGGCUGGAAGAAGAAUCCCGCAAGCGGGAGGACGCGGAGCACAACCUGGUGCUCUUCCGUAAGGACGUGGACGACGCCACCCUGUCCCGCCUAGAACUAGAGCGCAAGAUUGAGUCUCUGAUGGAUGAAAUUGAGUUCCUUAAGAAGCUACACGAAGAGGAACUUCGGGACCUGCAGGUGAGUAUGGAGAGCCAGCAGGUGCAGCAGGUGGAGGUAGAGGCGACUGUGAAGCCAGAGCUGACCGCGGCGCUGAGGGACAUCCGCAUGCAGUAUGAGAACAUCGCGGCGAAGAAUCUGCAGGAGGCAGAGGAGUGGUAUAAGUCCAAAGUGCGAGAACACGGGAGGACUCUGGGGGUGUGGGUCCUGGGGUGGGAGGCUCUGGGAACGGCGCUCAUCCCACCAGACCUGUCUGCCACUCCACAGUACGCUGACCUGUCCGACGCCGCCAACCGCAACCACGAGGCCCUACGCCAGGCCAAGCAGGAAAUGAACGAGUCCCGACGUCAGAUCCAGAGUCUGACUUGCGAGGUGGACGGGCUGCGUGGCACGAACGAGGCGCUGCUCAGACAGCUGCGGGAGCUGGAGGAGCAGUUCGCCCUGGAGGCUGGAGGGUACCAAGCGGGCACCGCGAGGCUGGAGGAAGAGCUUCGACAGCUGAAGGAAGAGAUGGCACGGCACCUGCGGGAGUACCAGGAGCUCCUCAAUGUCAAGAUGGCCCUGGAUAUCGAGAUCGCCACCUACAGGAAGCUGCUGGAAGGGGAGGAGAGCCGGAUCUCAGUGCCGGUUCAUUCCUUUGCCUCCUUAAGUUUAAAGACGACUGCGCCUGAAGUGGAGCCUCCCCAGGACAGCCACAGCCGCAAGAUGGUUCUGAUCAGGACUAUUGAGACUCGGGAUGGGGAGGUGGUGACAGAGUCCCAGAAGGAGCAGCACAGUGAACUGGACAAGGCUUCUAUUCACAGCUACUGAGUCCACACCCAGAGCUUUGACCCUGGCCUAAGCCUCUGAAGCUCAAACCCCAGCAUUAGUCGGUCUCCCAGCCCCUCAAUGCAUGUGGCAUGAUCCUGCCCAGCCAAGCUGCAGCCUGACAUGGCAGCUAGUCUCUCCCUGCCCUGACACAUAGGUGUGACCAAAGCCUUCCUGUCCUUGUAAGAGGCAGACAAAGAAACCCAGGACAAUGUAUCUGUUCAAGAAUGACCCCAAGGCCAGUGGGGUGGGCCAGUGAGUCUCACUCCAAAUCAAAUAAAAUGGCUACUGAGAGAAACUCA